ACAGAAGAGAAAGCCUGCCAGUCUCCUAGGACCAUACCAAGCAAGUCUGUAGCCAUGUCUAUGGAAAAGAUGACAAGAGUAGAAGAGAGUUUUCAAAGGGCCAUGGGACUUAAGAAGAUGGUUGACAGGUGGCAAGAUUCACAUACUCACUGUCUGUGGCAGAUGACAUUGAACCAAAGGAGAAACCCAUAUGCCACUUUAAGGAUGCAGGAUACCAUGGUGCAGGAGUUGGCACUAGCCAACAAACAACUACUGAUGGUCCGUCAGGCUGCCCUUCACCAGCUGUUUGAAAAGGAGCAUCAGCAGUACCAGCAGGAGCUAAAACAGAUGGGCAAAGCUUUUUAUGUGGAGAGACUAUGACGGCAUCCAAAGCAGUCCUUCCACUCUUGCUAUGCCUGCUAACCUAACCUUCUUGAGCCUCUACAGCCUUGAACUUCC